AUGGCUGCUUGUUCUGCUUGUGAGUCGAGGGGAAUACCCAAAUGUGCGGUUUCUCCUCAAGAUUCCUCUCGGUGUGUCGAGUGUUUGCGGUCGAACCGUUCGGGGUGCGAUGUCCUUGAAAUUUCGCCUGCUCAGUUUCGCAAGAUUGGCCAACAGCAUGCCAAGCUGGAGGAGGAGCUAGAGGCUGCGGAGGAGGCUCGUCGCCGGGCGGACGAGAAAGUUCGUUUGGCCGACGCGAAGGUCGAGCGUCUUCGCAAACAAAAGAAGAUGUGGUUUGAAAAAAUGAUGCGAGCUGUGUCUCGCGGAAUUGAUGACUUGGAGGAAUUGGAUCGGGUGGAGCGUGAGGAGGCGGAACAGGAGGAGCGUCGCCGAUCAGCCGAGGUCCUGCCUGAAGUGUCCUUGGAGUCGCUUCUUCCGGAUUCCAAUUUUCUCUGGGAUUCGACUUUCCCGAUGGGUCCUCUGAAUCCUUCGUUGUUGGAUGAGAUGAAUGUUCUUGCGCAACAUUCCGUUGGUUCGUCUGGUGGUAUGGUUUCGAGUCCUGGUCGGUCCUUAACUUCUGGGAAUGAUCCAACUCCUGAUAGUACUGGCGGAGCGGUUCCUGGCAAUCCUGGAGGUGGUUAAGGGGUUCCCAAGUGUUUUCCUCAUGCCCAUAGUUUUCCCAUUUAACAAGGUACUCUGUUUUGCCGUGGUUUCGUCUGUGGUCGAGUAUUCGUUCAACGUCGUAGGUUUGUUCUGCGUCGAUCUCGAUCGUUUCUUGUGUGCUGGUGCCGUGUGGUGCUGGUUCCAGUAGUGAUACGUGAAAUGUGGGGUGAAUUUUCAUGGUGUCUGGUAAUGACAGUCUGUAGUUGGUGUCGCUGAUUUUCUUGCUGAUUUUAAAAGGUCCAAGCUUCUUAAAAUCGAGCUUGCUGUUAGGUCGUUGUGUUUUGAUGUUGCGUCGAAUGAGGUAGACGCUAUCUCCCUCCUUGAAGGAUGGUCCCUUCAUCCGAUGCUGAUUGGCGUAUUUCAUCAUUUUUUUUCGUACGAACUCUAGUUCCUGCUGGAGUUCUUUGUGUAAUUGUCGUAACUCGCUCGCUUGUUUAUCGGCUCGCGGUGCCGUAGUCGUGGUUCUUGGUUCUCCGUACGCUGUAGGGUUGAAUCCAUAGUUGGCGUAAAACGGGGUUGUCUUGGUACUUUCGU